AUGCUCAUCAAUCAGAAUCUCAGGGUUGGGAAAGUUGCAGUUCUUGUGCUGGAGGAUAGAUUCUGCAGGAAGCUUCGUCUCCAGGACAACUUCUAUGAUUAUCAUGAUUUGGCCUUGGCUAUAGACACAGCUAUCGUUUCAGUGGGUCAUACCAUUGAGGGCAACAAUUGUUCGCUUGAGGCUUCCUGGCUACUUAUUGCAAGUGUCGGCUUGCUGCUGAGCGCGGCCACAGGAGGAAGGCAUCACCUGAGGCGCUGCUUCGAUCUCCGCUCGAUCCUCACAUUUGCACCUGCAGGGAUCGGAUGGGCCAUGGCCGAUGCUUGUGAGGUUAUGGCUGUGGCGCGGAUCGACCCUGCAACUUACGGCGUCCUGAGCCAGGGCCGGUUGCUGUCGAGUGCUGCUGCAGCCUGGCUCUUCUGCGGCCUCCGGCAGAGCGGCCUCCAAUGGGGCAUUCUGGCUUGCCUCUCCUUUAUAUGCAUGGCGUACUGCCUCACGCCAGACGUCUCCCGUCCGAAUGCGGAGCGCCUCUUUGAAUGGCGGCUGCAUCAUGAGAGUCUUCAGAUAACGUUCACGCGACACUCUCCCGUCCUGGAGGAUGAGGCGCAGGAGCAACUCGUGGGCGCUCUUUUUGCCAUGUGCAAGGUCACACUCUCCGUGCUGAGUUCCGUCUAUGUCGAGAUGUGCUUCAAGUCUGGAGCUGGCGAGCCUACACGGCUCCACGUGCAGAUGACGCAGGUUUCUUUCAGCAGCAUCAUCGCAGCUACGACCGCAUACCUUUUCAUCUGCGGGGUGCAGAACGAAGAUCCGAGCCAGUUCUUCAGUGGACAGGACGGAUCGUGGUCCAGGCGGACAUUCAUUGUUGCUGCGAUGUACUGCUGGCGGGAGUGGAUCUGCAGUUUGUGCGUCAAGCAUUUUGACACCUUGGUCAAGAAUAUUUGCAAUGCUGCCUCUUUGGUGGUGACCUAUGGCUUCACAGUCCUGGUUGCUCGAGAGAAGGAUUUCUCUAUUCUGAAGGCCGUGAGCACAAGGACGUGUGAGUUUGCGGGAUUCCUGGUCAUCAACUACUGCUACACGCGGCGGGUUGUGCCAGCAAAGCCGACUGUGGAGGCAAGUCGGGAUGACGGAUUUCGGUGGUCAGAGAUCCCCGUCCCCGAGUACUCGAACCUUUAUCCAACAGGAGCGUCCGCAGAAGGGGAUGGCUUCGCGGAAGGCUGGCAGAAGCUGCUCCUAAAACAGAGUGCCGGUACAGCGUCUUCUAUGAAGAAGCAUCAUGAGGAAUCCGAGGCAGCAGAUAAGCUCUGCGCGGGAAGACACGAUGACAUGACGAUCGUCUCCAAGAAGUGGAGGGAAACUUUGCGGAAGGUUCGCGAAAGCCGAGUUCUGCAAAUACCAAAGAUUGAAGGCCACUCUGGGCCGCGGAAGGCGCAGCACAUCUACAGCAUACAUCACUGCAUUGAUUCAGUGGCACCCGCAGAGGAACCAUUUCACGGCUUUCAGAUGGCCGGGGCUUCGCUUUGGCUGGGGUUCCGCGUGUGCCGACGGUUCCCAAACGGUCUCGCCAAGCUUGUGGCAGAUGCGGAACGCGGUUCUCCAGUCGCCAGGCCGCCACCCUCGGAGUUGGAUUCAGAAGUGAGCAAGGCUUCGCCGCCGACCUCGCGAAUACUUCGAGUGGAGGUGGCGGGAAUGCUGCACGACUGGUUUUGCGUGGAGGAGAUGAACCACUUCCUCCGCACGCCAGCCUUUGCCAGAGUCCUACGAGAUAACGUCGCUCGCUACUUUCAGGUGCCGGUCAACAGACAGGCCAUUUAUGACGAAGACGGACUCUUGACUUCCAACGCUGACUUCAGACGAGCCUUGCAGAGAGUGUCUCCAAAAAUCUAUGUCUAUGACAUGCAGGACAUGGCGCAAGAACUUCGCGAUCGGACCGUUGAGGAGCUCCAAUCUUUGGAGGCAGAGGUUCAGCUCUCUUGGGACGCAUUUGGGUGCGGUGAGCCGGCGGCCACUGCAACUAAGGAGAAUUACGUCCCUUGCAAGUACACGCAGCAGCCGAAGGCGGCAGAGGCCACAAGACGCAUCUUGCCUUCGCAGGGUACUUUGAGUCAAACAGUCAGCACUGGGAAUCUGACCAUCGCAAUGCCAGCUGUGGGAUACCCUCCGAAACUGCUCGCACGAGGAGUUCCCACAAGGCUCGGCACAGUACAACCGGAGGCUCUCUGCGUCGCAGGGCCUGCGCUCCCUGUAAGGACGCCCCGCAUGACCAGUGUUCCGCAGCCGCCAGCCGCGUCUCUACCCUGGCACGGUACUGUUGGAACUUACCAUUACAGAACGCUGAAAUCUCCGGCACCUCCUUCUGUGAAGACCGUGCUCGUGCGGGCAAGCUCGGUGCCGAUGCUUGGGAGGUGCAGGCCGCCUGCCCCAGUCCAGGCCGUUCAGGGCCUUGGGAGAUCCACUGCCGCAGUGCAUAACGUGCUCCGGAACGCGCAAGGUUCGGACAGAAGGCCUGAGCACAAGCCUCAGCUGCGAGCAAUCUAG